AAAACCGACAUAAUGGCAACUGCAAAGAUCCAUUUCAAGCCGUAUUUUGAUGAGGUUGCCGCCUCGGAGCAACUAGAGAAGGCUCUUAGAAACAAGGAGAAACUGAAGAUUUUGGAAAUCUUGGUUUCGGUUAAUAAUACACAGAGACAGAUGAUCCGCACACCCUACAAAACUCGUUACGGAAAGGAUUUGGAAGAUGAAAUCAAAAAAGCAUUUUCUGGAGAUUUCGAAGAUUUUCUCGUUGCUCUACUUCAAACUCCUACUAAACUAGACGUGACUGAGCUGAAUCGAUCUGUGAAGGGUCUUGGAACAAAUGAGAAAAAUUUGAUCGAAAUUCUGACAACUAGGACUAACGAGGAAAUUGAAGCGGCGAAAAACACUUACUUCAUGACUUACUCCAAAUCAUUGGAAGAUGCAAUUUCUGCUGAUACUUCUGGAGACUUCCGGCGUCUUCUCAUUGUCAUUCUCCAAGCAAAACGCGAAGAAGGUGGAUUCGCUGAUACAUUCAAAGUUGGGCCUCACGCUGCUCAAAUUCUGAAAAGUUUUGACAAAAAGUCUGGAGUCGAAAAAUUCGAUGCGUUCAAGAUCUUUGCAACAUGCAAUGGAGCUCAUAUUCAAAAAGUUAUUGAAGAAGUCGAGAGACAAUCUGGAAAAGAGUUCCAGAAACUUAUUGACAAGGAGCUCAGCGGAGAUUUCAAGAAUUUGGUGUUGUCUCUUAUUGAGACUUCGAGAAAUAAGCCUCGAUAUUUUGCAAAUUCGAUUCAUUUGGCAACCAAGGGAAUGGGAACACGUGACAAGGAUCUUAUUCGUAUUCUGGUAUCCCGAUCGGAAAAUGAUUUGGUGAUCAUUGAACACGAAUUUCAAACUCUUUUUGGAAAACCAUUGACUCAGCUAAUCAAGGAGGAGUGCAAGGCAGAAUACCGUGAUGGUUUGACGAUGCUUGUCAAGGGAAAUCCAAGACCUUAGAAAAUGAAAUACAAACUAUCGAUUAAAAUGCUUUCUGUUUGAAAUUGCUUUACAUUGAAACUACUUUAUAAAAUCUAUUUCUAAACGUUUUUAUUUUAAUAAAAGUUUGAAAAAUGAC